AUGGACCGCCGAAACCAGAUCUUUCAACGCCUGAAACCGCCAUGCGUCGCCCUCAGCCAAGCCGCACUCGCCCUGAAUGGACCUCAGGGAAAUGUUCAGCAGAUCACUGAGAAGCUGGACGAGUUGAAGAAGACAUUGCAAUCCAUCAUCAGCACCAAUGGAAGACCUGCUUCACUGGACAGCAAACUUGCCGACUAUGUUUUUUUCCCCCUCUCACAGGUCCUCAAGGCCAGCCAGCGAGUGUCGAUUCGCUCUCUCGAGCUGGCCUUGCAGUGCCUCGCUGUCUUGCUGGAACAUGGCUGGCGCUCCCACAUUCCGCCUCCGCUGGCUAUCCAGGUCACCAUACUGUGCACUUUGAUGGCCGAGGAGAAGCCGAAAGGCCUGGUAUCAGCAGAGUCCACGGAUGAGCUACGGGCGAGUGCGCUCCACUGCCUUCGCCAUUUGUUCGAGGCUGCAGGUCACACAGUCGAUCUGAAGGACGCCAUUACAGCAGAAGCCAAUGUGCCGCAGCUCGGUCAGACCAUUAGCACCAUUCUGGACGCCAUCCUUGCCGGCGCCUCUGUCGAGACUCAAACUGCAGGCAGCGAUGCUCUUCGAGCUUUGAUGCAGCGGGUCGCAACUCGAGACAUUCAGGCAGGAUUCCUGCCAGGAAUCGUGUCCAAACUAACCAAGAUACUUACUCCAAGAACAACGCAGCGCCGCAACCACAAUGUGUUGAUUCUAGCGCUCAACACUCUCGACUCAUUGUUCAAGAACGUGCUUAAUGAUACCUUCACUGCACAGAUCCUCGCGCCCACUGCGGCGCCGAAUGGAGAAGUGUCCCAAUCAUUAUCAAAGGUGGUGGACCAGAAAUGGCUUGGGACUGCAGCUUCGCAACUCAAACCGGCCAUCACAAGUAUUGUCAAGCUUCGAGGGCACGACAGAUAUGAUGUGAAAAAGGCUCUGGCUCAGUGGUGUACGAUAAAGCUUCAACUCGAAGCGCUGAUCAGCCAGGAAUCUUCACUCUUGGCACUGCUACAGAGCACGCUGCAUGAAUGGCUCACAUCACUGCCGAUAAGCAUGCAAGCAGCUGGUGAAGAAAUGAAGAUACAGCGCGUGCAACAGGUCCGCACCGCAUAUAGUAUCAUCGCGAGCAGCGGGGCCAAUACCAGCCUCAUUGACAAGCUGUUGGCCGGAGUCUUAAGAGACAGCGUGGUGGUUGCAUUACAGGCUCCGACUGCGCAAAUAUCGGAUGCGCCCGUUGUCUCGCAAGUGCAAUCGCUGGAACUUGCUGUGCUCGACAGUGCUCGUCAAAGUACAGUGUUCCCGUCUCCGCUGGUCAGAUACCGAGCUCAGGAGAACACGAUGAAAACUAUCGAGCACCUCGUGCAAAAUAUAAGUAUUUCUUCUGCAUUCAGUGACGACUUGUCUCGAUCGCUGCGUCAGACAGUUGGUGAUGCACAGAUUGCAACGUUCUGGCUCCUUUUGAAUGUCACGCAGACUUCUUUGCAAGGCAGAGAGGGCAUGGAUGACUUUCUUGAAUUGGAUACCAAUGAUCCCGUCCUGGCUGCCGAACUUCUGGAAGAUAUGUACUCGUUUUCGCUCGAGGUACUGACCGACUCAUCAGACGAUCCAGUGGAUCCACGCCUGCAGGCUUUGGCUCUUCGAGCUCUAGCAUUGCGAUCGCAAACUGCAGGUGAAGACUUCCGUCACGAGCUCAUCGAUGCUCUAUAUCCUGUGCUCCACAGUCUUGCCACGCCUGAUGCAUCCCUGCAACAAGAUAGCAUUACGACGCUGAACAUAUUCACCUCCUCGUGUGCCUACAGCUCCGUGCAGAACCUGAUCGUGGAGAAUGUCGAUUAUCUGACCAAUGCCGUGUCGCUGAGGCUGAAUGCGUUUGAUGUCAGUCCUCAAGCUCCUCAAGUUCUGCUCAUGAUGGUGAGACUAGCCGGAGCAAGUCUGUUGCCGUAUCUGGAGGACACGAUCGACAGCAUCUUUGCCGCUCUACAAGACUACCAUGGCUACCCGCUCCUAGUAGAGCUCAUGUUCAGAGUUCUGAGCGUGGUGGCAGAGGAGGGAGCCAAGGCGCCACAGCUUGCCAUUGCCGAGGGCACGAGGCGUGAAUUGGCAAAUUACUACGAUGACAGAUGGCAGCCAACUACGAUCGAUCGUCUGGCGACAAUGCUUCGUGAACAAGUCGACGAACAAGCGCGUCUCGCAGAAGAAGUCAGGUCACCGCCUACAUGUCAUCCACGCCGACCAUGGAAGCAGUCAGAAGGUGGCGAGGAUGAGCAAGAUGAUAUGCAGGACGAGCAGGAAGCACCACCGGUUGAUGUACCUGACCCUCCGCCGCCUGCUCCCAAGACAUACAAUCUGCUGUUACGCAUCUCGGAACUGACGCAACAUUUCCUGCCUUCGGCUUCGGCAUCAUUGAGAGCCUCACUCCUCUCACUGAUCAAGACCACAACACCUGCAAUUGCUCGCCAUGAAAAUUCAUUCUUGCCACUCGUCAAUACGCUAUGGCCUGAGAUUGUUUCGAGGCUCGACGAUGAGGAACCGCACGUCGUGGCUACAGCUCUUGAUAUCAUUGCAUCUCUAUGCGAACACGCUGGUGGUUUCAUGCGCACUCGUAUACAGCAGCUCUGGCCGGAAUUGCAGAACAUUCACCGCAGAGUAACGAAGGAAAUCCUACAAAGCUCGCAACACCCCAGCCAAGUUGUGGCACGAAGGCAGCGCCAGAUGGCAACGGUCACGAGUGCAGAACUCAGCCUGGCACUGAACCGCAUGCGCCUUGCUCCUGCGGACUACAGUGAUACCUCCACAAGACUACUUUGGACGGCGCUGGUGAGAGUAACGGUGUCCAUCACCAAGCACGUUUCACAGACACCAGAAAUGUUUGACGAUACGCUUCAAAUGCUCGAGCCCAUGCUGGACGAUGAGGAGGUCCGCACCGUGCUCGAAGAAGAGAAUGCUGACGCAGUGUGGCUGGUGAUGAUCAGGAACGGGAUGAAGAAUCCCCCGACAAUGCCGGAGCGGCAUCAUGCGAUCAGUCUCCCUUAUGCACUGGAAAAGGGCUACGAGAUAUCCACAGGGACUCCCAUCUCGGUAUAG